AUUCUAGCAUCACGGCAGCAGGUCCCUGCAAAGCUUGGAGUUACUAUCGUCACCAUAACUGUAUGCCUGCUUGAAAGGUGGUUCAAAAACAGGGGCUAAGCGGCACAAGGAGUCUGCAUGUCUGUUUAGACAUGCUCAGCUUUGUGGAUACCCGGAUUCUGUUGCUGCUUGCAGUAACUUCAUACCUAGCAUCAUGUCAAUGUAAGUUCAAAUUCAUUUCUCUGCCGCAGGGUCCCAGAGGAGACAAAGGACCUCGAGGUGACAGGGGUUUUCCAGGCCAAAGUGGUAGAAAUGGAAACCCCGGACCCAAUGGGCCUCCUGGCCCCCCUGGCCCCCCUGGACUCGGAGGAAACUUUGCUGCUCAGUACGAUGGUGGUGCAAAAGCCCCUGAUCCCGGCCCCGGACCAAUGGGUUUGAUGGGUCCCAGAGGCCCUCCUGGACCUCCCGGACCUCCCGGACCUCAGGGACACACAGGACACCCUGGCGAGCCUGGCGAGCCUGGACAGUCUGGCGGCAUUGGAGCUCGUGGCCCACCCGGACCCCCUGGCAAAGCAGGAGAUGAUGGUAACAACGGAAGACCUGGCAAACCCGGAGACAGAGGUGUCUCUGGCCCUCAGGGUGCUCGUGGAUUCCCCGGAACCCCUGGACUUCCAGGAAUGAAGGGACACAGAGGUUACACUGGUCUUGAUGGACGUAAGGGAGAGGCCGGUGCCGCUGGCGCUAAGGGUGAGCCCGGUGCACAUGGAGCUCCUGGAAGCUCUGGACUUGCUGGUUCUCGUGGUCUGGCUGGAGAGAGAGGUCGCCCCGGCCCUGCUGGCCCCACUGGUUCUCGUGGUUCUGAUGGCAACGUUGGACCCUCCGGCCCCGCCGGUCCCAUGGGUUCUGCCGGUCCCCCAGGUUUCCCCGGUGGUCCAGGCCCCAAGGGAGAGAUUGGAGCUAUUGGUUCAACUGGCCCAUCUGGACCUCAGGGAGGCAGAGGAGAGCCCGGUCCCAAUGGUGCCGUUGGCCCCAUUGGUCCACCUGGAAAUCCCGGUGUUAAUGGUCUGAACGGAGCCAAGGGAGCCGCUGGUACCCCUGGUGUUUCUGGAGCCCCUGGCUUCCCUGGACCAAGAGGAGGACCUGGACCCCAGGGACCUCAGGGUUCUGCUGGACCAAGAGGCCUUGCUGGAGAUCCUGGUGCUCAGGGUAUCAAGGGAGACGGCGGUCCCAAAGGAGAGCCCGGUAACGCUGGAGCCCAGGGAACCCCCGGACCCCAGGGUGAGGAGGGAAAGAGAGGACCCACUGGUGAGCUUGGAGCCACUGGCCCUUCUGGCAACCGUGGAGCUAGAGGUUCUCCAGGCGGCCGUGGUCUGCCCGGUCCCGAUGGAAGAACUGGCCCCGUUGGUAUGCCUGGUGCUCGUGGUGCCACCGGUGGCGGUGGAUCCCGUGGACCCCCCGGAGAUGCUGGUCGUGCUGGUGAGCCCGGCCCAGCUGGUCUCAGGGGACUUCCAGGAAGCCCCGGCAGCUCUGGACCCCCAGGAAAGGAGGGACCUGCUGGUCCUGCUGGACAAGAUGGACGCUCUGGACCUCCCGGCCCCACCGGACCUAGAGGCCAGCCUGGAACCAUCGGGUUCCCUGGACCCAAAGGACCUUCUGGAGAGGCCGGCAAGCCUGGAGAUAAGGGAGCUACUGGCCCCACUGGACUGAGAGGUGCCCCCGGAGCUGAUGGUAACAAUGGAGGCACUGGCGCCAUGGGACCUGCUGGCGGCGCCGGAGAUAAGGGAGAGCAGGGACCUUCCGGAGCUCCUGGUUUCCAGGGCCUGCCUGGACCCGCUGGACCUGGUGGAGAGGCUGGCAAGGCUGGAGACAGAGGAAUCCCCGGAGACCAGGGAGCUGCUGGACCCUCAGGUGCCAAGGGAGAGCGUGGUAACCCCGGUGCUGCUGGAGCUUCUGGAGCUCAGGGCGCUAUUGGACCCCGUGGACCCGCUGGAGCCCCUGGACCUGAUGGUGGCAAGGGAGAGCCUGGUGCUGUUGGUGCUAACGGUGGCCCUGGACAUCAGGGACCUGGUGGCAUGCCCGGUGAGCGUGGAGCAGGUGGUACUCCUGGACCCAAGGGAGAGAAGGGAGAGCCCGGACACAGAGGCCCCGACGGAAACGGAGGCAGAGAUGGAUCCCGUGGCGGACCUGGACCUGCUGGACCUCCCGGACCCACCGGAGCCAACGGUGAUAAGGGUGAGAGCGGUUCCUUCGGACCUGCUGGCCCCGCUGGAGUUCGUGGAGCAUCUGGAGAGCGUGGAGAGGUUGGACCUGCUGGACCCUCUGGAUUCUCCGGACCCCCUGGUGCUGAUGGUCAGCCUGGAGCAAGAGGAGAGCGUGGACCUGGUGGUGGAAAGGGAGAGGUUGGCGCCGCCGGCCCUGCCGGACCCGCUGGACAGAGUGGACCCCCUGGAGCUUCUGGCCCAUCUGGACCUGCUGGUGCUCGUGGAGACACUGGCCCAUCUGGUCUGACUGGUUUCCCUGGUGCUGCUGGUAGAGUUGGUGCUGCUGGUCCUGCUGGCAUCGUCGGCCCUCCCGGCCCCUCUGGUCUCGCUGGCAAGGAUGGCCCUCGUGGAGGCCGUGGUGAUGUCGGUUCCGCUGGUCCUUCCGGCCCACAGGGAUUGAUCGGACCACCUGGUCCCCCCGGAGAGAAGGGAUCCCCCGGAGAGUCCGGUCCUGCUGGAGCACCCGGUACCGCUGGAACAUCUGGUCCUCUUGGUCUUCAAGGAUUCGUUGGUCUGCCUGGUGCCAGAGGAGAUCGUGGUCUUCCCGGUGCUGCUGGAAUUCUCGGAGAUGCUGGUAGAGUUGGACCCGCUGGUCCCCCUGGAGCCCGUGGCCCCUCUGGAAACAGCGGCAUGCCUGGUAUGACCGGACCUCAGGGAGAGGCUGGACGUGAGGGUAGCCCUGGCAACGAUGGACCCCCUGGCCGCCCCGGUGCCGCUGGAUUCAAGGGAGACCGUGGAGAGCCUGGAUCUCCUGGAUCUCUGGGACUCGCUGGUGCCCCUGGACCCGCCGGACCCUCCGGAGGUGCUGGCCGACCUGGAAACCGCGGAGAAUCUGGCCCCGGAGGCCCCGCCGGAGCUGUUGGUGCUGCUGGAGCUAGAGGCCAAGCCGGACCUGCCGGAGGCCGUGGUGAGAAGGGAGGUGCUGGAGACAAGGGAGAGAGAGGCAUGAAGGGUCUGCGCGGACAUCCUGGUCUCCAGGGCAUGCCCGGACCUUCUGGACCUCCCGGAGACUCUGGAGCUGCUGGCCCAACCGGACCUUCUGGACCCAGAGGAGCUAGCGGCCCACAUGGACCUGCUGGUAAGGAUGGUAGAUCUGGUUCCCAUGGCUCUGUCGGUUCUCCUGGUGCCCGUGGACCCCCUGGAACUUCUGGACCAUCCGGUCCUCCUGGAGCCCCUGGACUCCCCGGACCUCCCGGUAGCUCUGGUGGUGGAUAUGAUGUCUCCGGAUACGAUGAGUACAGAGCUGAUCAGCCCGCUCUGAGAGCCAAGGACUUCGAGGUCGAUGCCACCAUCAAGUCCCUGAACAGUCAGAUCGAGAACAUGCUCACCCCCGAGGGAUCCAGGAAGAACCCCGCCCGUACCUGCCGUGACAUCAAGCUCAGCCACCCCGAAUGGACCACCGGAUUCUACUGGAUCGACCCCAACCAGGGAUGCAUCAAUGAUGCCAUCAAGGUCUUCUGCAACUUCGACACCCGCGAGACUUGCAUCCACGCCCACCCCGGAAGCAUCGCCCGCAAGAACUGGUUCAGAAGCACCGAGGCCAAGAAGCACGUCUGGUUCGGAGAGACCAUCAACGGCGGUACCGAGUUCACCUACAACGACGAGACCCUCAGCCCCCAGAGCAUGGCCACCCAGCUUGCUUUCAUGCGCCUGCUUUCCAACCACGCUAGCCAGAACAUCACCUACCACUGCAAGAACAGCGUUGCCUACAUGGACGGUGAGACCGGCAGCCUGAAGAAGGCCAUGGUGCUCCAGGGCUCCAACGACGUGGAGCUCAGGGCCGAGGGCAACAGCCGCUUCACCUUCUCCGUGCUGGAGGACGGCUGCACUAGACACACUGGUGAGUGGAGCAAGACAGUGAUUGAGUACAGAACAAAUAAACCAACUCGCCUGCCCGUUCUCGACAUUGCACCUUUGGACAUUGGUGGAGCUGAACAGGAGUUUGGCUUGGACAUUGGCCCAGUCUGUUUCAAAUAAAUAGACUCAUGUUAAAUUAACACCAAAAAAAGAGAGAAAGAACGAGAAAAAAAGAACCCCCAAAUCUCAGCCCUGCCCUUCUUUUUGUGUUGUUUUUUUAUACUGAAUGCUGAUUUUUCUCAGAGCAUCCACUUGUUUAAGAUGGGCAACUAUCGGAAAGGACUAAGGCGGACUGAAUGGAGUUUUUUGUGCAAUGCAAAUUAAUACAGCCACCCAAAGGGACGCGGGAAAACACCUUGUUGUGGGACAUCAUGUCAUCUUUUUGUAAAAAAUAAAAGAAGUGUAAUAAAAAUGCUGAAAGUGUGCAUCACUUUGUGGUCUUUGUAUGUCUUCCAAAGAGGAGGUUUAAAUCCACAAUCUCCAAGAAAAAGGUUUGAACUACCUCAUGCCUGUACGUAAAGAAAAUACUAUUGACGAAACCCAGGUCCACAACGGAGAUGUUAAGACUUCUACUGCUUCAAGCUUUGUCCCAUAUUGGAAGGUGCUUAGUUACGUACUUGAAGCAGCAAUCGAUGGUGCUAUUAUGCAGCUGUGGAGCGAACCACUUUUUACUGUAUUACUUUGUAUUGACCUUUGAGGAGUCCUGCAUUUAUUCCCACUGAUCCUCCCCAUUUUAAGCAGGUGGAAUGUUUCAAAACCUAAUGUCUGUUUUUUUUUUUUUUUCUCCUUUUGUUUAGUUUCUGUUCUGUUUUUUUUCCUAGAAGUUUGUUUUUCCCUUUUGUUGUUUUUUUUUUCCUUCCCGAUCAGGCUUUUCCCUUCUCCGUUCCCACUCCAAGUGUUCAUACUGACAGCACAUAAUUCAUCCAGCUCUAAAUGGUUUUUCAGCGGCCUUUUUUCUCUCUCAGACAAUGACAUCGCAAAGUCUAUUGUACCUAUUUUGUAUAUGUGAGAUGUUUAAAUAAAUUGUGAAAAGUUCUGAAAUAAAGCAUGUCCAAUGUUCCAAAACCCA